CGCCCUCCCUGGAGGAGGAAGCGUUACUCACCGGGAAUGUGACUGCGCCUUCGCCUUGGGGGCUGGAUUCUUUUCCCGAGUCUCGGGGAGCCGAGCGGAGAGCCAGAGAGAAGGGACCCGGGAGAGCCCCCGCUCCCAGCCAUGGAGGUCCCCGGGGAACCGGCCGUCGCCCCCCAGCCUCCCAGAGCCAGGCCCGGUGCCUCUUCCAGAGCGACCCGAGACCCCAUCUACGACGUCCCGGAGGCCAGAGGAGGCGGAGGUCGUUUGCCCUCGGGAGCGGCCCGGCCCGUCAGCCUGCGGGAGCGCCUGCUCCUCACCCAGCCCGUGUGGCAUCAGCUCCGCGCCAACCCUGCCACCGCCCUGCACACGUUGCAGAGGGAGCCCCCCGGGACGUUCCUGGUUCGGAAAUCCACCACACGCCAACGCAAGGUGCUCUGCGUGCGGCUGCCUGAGGCCUCGGGCCCGUCCUUCGUCGCCAACCAUGACAUCCGGGAAACUCCCGGAGUCGUCUCCCUGGAGGGCUCCGAGCUUGUCUUCCCAGACCUAAUCCAACUCGUUUCCUCCUACUGUCACAUCCGGGACAUUCUGCUCCUUCCUCUGCAGCUCCCCCGAGCCAUCCGCCAUGCCACCACCCUCAAGGAGCUAGAAGCCAUCUCUCACCUGGGGAUGGAGUUCUGGAGCUCUUCCCUCAACACCAAGGACCGCUGGGGCCCAGCCGCCCCGGCCCACCGGGGUCCCCGGCUCCCCCAGCUGAAGCCGCGUUCCCCCGAGGAGCUGGACCAGGGCAACAGAGGAGCCUUGUGCUUCUUCAACCCUCUGUUCCCAGGAGACCUGGGCCCCGCCCGGCGGGAGAAAUUCAGGAGAAGCUUCAAGGUGCGGGUGUCCACCGAGACAUCCAGCCCCCUGUCGCCCCCGGCCGUGCCCCCGCCCCCCGUCCCGACCCACCCCGGCGGGAUCCCGGCCCCGACCGAGGGACGACCCCCUCACCGGCCUCUGAGAAGAGAGAGUUCGGGGGGCUACAGAGUCCCGGCGGGGACUACCCAGCAGGGCGGCCCCCCGCUCCCCUCACUCCCCUCGCUCCAGGAGGUGGACAGCGGCUCCCCCAGCAGCUCCGAGGAGGAGGAGGAGGAGAGCGGGAGGGCCCGUGCCCCCUCCCCGCCUGGCGGCGGGAGGCGGGGGGGGCGACGGCGGCAACUCCUACGCUCCAUGAGCGAUGCCGUCUGCUCCCUGCUGGCCCCCGAGCGGCAGGUGGGCCGGGCCGUGGGGGACCUGGCCCGGGACCGGCGGACGACGGUGGGCCAGCUGCUGCAAGACCUGCUGACCCGGGUCAGGGCCCGUCAGGAGCCCCAGGAGCUGGGCAAGAUCCGCCAGGAGCUGGACCAAGCCAAGGCUCUGCUGAGCGCGGAGCUGGCCCCGGAGAAGCUGCUGACGGACAAGAGACUCGAUCGAGUCUUAGAGAAGGCCCUGCACCGCUCCAUCCUCAAGCCCCUCCGGCCCAUCCUGCUGGCCCGCCUGCGUCUGCGCUUCACGGCCGACGGAUCCCUCCGCCGGUUGGCCGACGGCCUGAGGCUGGCCCGGCUCCGGGGCCCGGGAGCCUUUGGCCUCCAUCCCGGCCUUCCGGCCCCGGCGGAGACGGAGCGGAUCCGUCAGAAGCUGCAGAAGCUCCUCCGGGCCUACUCCCCCUCUGCCAAGGUCACCUUCCUCCUGCAGGCCUGCAAGCUGCUCUACGCCGCGCUGAGGUCCCACGCAGGGGACAGCGCCGGAGCAGAUGAGUUCCUGCCGCUACUGAGUUACGUCCUGGCCCGCUGCGACCUCCCAGACCUGCUGCUGGAGGUGGAGUUCAUGUCGGAGCUGUUGGAACCGGCCCUGCUCAUGGGGGAAGGUGGUUAUUACCUCACCAGCCUCUCCGCCAGCCUGACCCUGCUGGGAGACUUGACCUCCCCCUCCUCAGAUCCCACCAGUCCUUCCUUAGAGCUCCUCCACUCGCUCAGCCUCUGGCAACACCACCAGCUUCCUGCAACCAGGGAUCUCCAGCACCUCCUCCGAGUAGCCUACCAGGACCCCGACAACGGCUGCCUCUCCAAGACCCUGGCACUGCCCCUGGGGGCCUCGGCCGCCGCCCUGACCCAGCUCUGUGCCGCCAAAUUCCGGGUGUCCCGGCCCGAGGCCUUCGCCCUCUUCCUGUAUAACGACGGAGGAUAUCGGCUCCUCUCGCCCGGCACUCUUCCUCACAGCCUGGAAGGCCCCGGCCAACUGGUCUACCGGCAAGCGGAGGGAGACGGAGCCCGCGCAGAUGGCAAGGGGACGGGAGAGCUGGAGGAGAAAGGACCCCCUCGGGGCCCAUCUGGAGCCGGAGAUGAGGUCCGGGGAGCCUCAAGCCCUUCGGCUGAGGGAGAGAGAGAGGAGGAGAAGGAGCCAGGAGGGGAAAGCGUGGGGGAGAAAGACGAGGCGGAAGGGAGCCGAACAGAGCCGGGGGGAGACGGAGAGGAGGAGAGAGACCCCGAGAGGGUCGAGGCCAACAUGGACAGCUGAGGGGACGUGCUGGAGAAACGAGGAGGAGGCGGAAGGACAUGAAGAAGAGGGAGGCCGGAGGGUAGAGGAGCAGUGGAAACUGAAGGCGCCGUGGGAACCUCGGGGGAAUCUUGGAAGCUUCCCUGCACGGCCAGAGCCAGAGGGCCAAUUUAGCCGGAAUGACUUCUCAUCUCAUCCCUGGACCGACUUUCCUUGUCUUCGGAUUACACCCUGGAACCCCCUCAAGGCUUCUAAGGUCCUGCCCCUGGGAGGUUCAGGCCUUGCUAAAGAAGGGACGUACCGUCCCCAUCUGAGGGAGGCAUCCUGGGCCCUGGGAGUCUCCCAGAAGAAAGAAAGUGAAUUGCUGUGGGCUGGAAUCUGGAUUUCUGUGGGGUGGGACUCCCCCGGGAAUAAAGUUGGGAGGUGGGGACCCUCG